AUGGCAACCCUGUCCAAGCUAGAACUCAUCGACCUAGAUGACAAUUUUGGUGCUCUUCAUGACCUCAAUAUGUUGACUUUCGCUCAUGUAAUUCGACUUCAAACUGUCGUUUGCGAUUACAUUUCCGAAAUCGCUGGUAUGUUGUUCACCGCAUUGAUCUUGACUCUGUGUGCCAUUUCCUGCAUCUCAUGUUAUAUUUCGUUCGUGGCUCGAAAAUAUACCUCGAAGAAGGUGAAGCCAAACACGAUGGGCUAUGUGAAAAAGAUCCCGCCGAUUGGUGAUGAUGGGAAAAACGCGUUUUACGCUGUUAAGCCACAGUAA